GUUCAUUGUUAUCAUCGAGUUUCGUGUCUGGGUAUUCGGGAAGAAUGAAAAGAGGUUGGUCGGUUACCUUGGUCAGAGGUGUAUAAAUAGAAAUUGAAAAUCAGUAUGUGUGGUGUGCGCGUUAGUGCCUACUAAUAGAAUCCCUGAAGUAGUUUAUUAACACUUCGGAUCCUAAUCAAAGUGAGAAUAAUUCCUCUCUCCUAUCAAUAUGGCCGCUCGAUACGUCUCCAAAUAUGUUCGAAUGCCGCAGCUUCUACUGCCGCAGCUUCACCGGGGAGCGAGCACAAUGUCGAUGUUUGACAUUCAGCACAAAACCCCGACUGUUGGAAAGGUACCAAACAUACCGAAAGCUCACUACGGUGGGAGGCACACCGUUACGCUGCUUCCAGGCGCCGGGAUCGGCCCGGAAUUGAUGGGUUAUGUAAAGGAAGUAUUUCGAUACGCAGGUGUUCCAGUCGACUUUGAGCACGUCGACAUUGAUACGAUGUCCGAUAAUAAUGACGAUCUUGAUUACGCGAUCACGACGAUAAGGCGUAACGGUGUCGCCCUCAAGGGAAACAUCGAGACGCGGAUAAUGGAGGCAGGCGUUCCUUCUCGCAAUGUCGCCCUAAGAAACGAGCUCGAUCUCUACAUAAACGUGCUCCACUGCGUAUCGUACGAAGGUGUGUCGUCCCGCCAGAAGGACAUGGACAUCGUCAUUGUCAGACAGAACACUGAGGGUGAAUAUGCAAUGUUGGAGCACGAGAGCGUGCUUGGCGUGGUCGAGAGCAUGAAAGUAAUAACAAAAUCCAACUCUGAGCGUGUUGCUAAAUAUGCCUUCGAGUACGCGAGACGACAUGGCAGGAAGAAAGUCACGACAGUGCACAAAGCUAACAUAAUGAAGUUAUCAGAUGGAUUGUUCUUAGAGACCGCUAGGCAGAUGGCUAAGAAUUACCCGGAAAUACAACACAAUGAUAUGAUCAUCGACAACACUUGCAUGCAGCUUGUAUCCAAUCCCCACCAAUUCGAUAUUAUUCUCACAACCAAUCUGUAUGGUAGCAUCGUCUCCAAUGUUGUAUGCGGAUUGCUUGGUGGCGCUGGCCUGUUGGCCGGUAAAAAUUACGGGGAUCAGUAUGCUAUCUUUGAACCUGGUACGCGAAACACUGGAAGCUCCAUCGCUGGACAGAACGUUGCCAAUCCAAUUGCCAUGCUCAACGCCGCUGUUGAUAUGCUUAGGCAUUUGGGCCACAGGCAACACGCACAUGUUAUACAAUCCGCUAUAAAUAAGACGAUAAACCAGGGAGUUCACACUCGCGAUCUUGGAGGCACUGCAACAAGUUCUGAAGUUGUUGAGACAGUUAUGAAAAACAUUAAACAAGGGGUGCAUUAGAGCUUUUAUCCUUGCAUCAACUGACUUCCAGAAUGUAAUUGUACGAUGUUUUGUAGUAGUGUUUAUGCAGUUUUAAUCAUUUAUAAUAAUCAAAGACAUACCUCUUCAAUAUCAUGAACGAGGCUGAAGCUAGUAGCCAGAAUUAGCAGCCAAAUCUUCUAAAGUUCAUUCGAAUAAGGUAGUGAAAUCCGAAAAUUACAAUUUUUUUAAAUAUAUUGAACUCCCAAUACUUUUAUAGAAUUAUGAGGAUAAAUCUGAACUGCAUUUUUCUAUUUCCAAAAAGUUCAAUACGGUUGGCUGUUAACGCUGCCAGCUUCAGCUUCAUGCGCAAUGACGGUUACACUGUGAGGGGAUUAUUAUCGAAAAUAUUGUAAAGUUACUUGCUCUUUAAGUGUGUACAGAAUAACUUCAUCUCUUAAGUUGAAACCAAAAACAUUUACCCCAUUAGUAUUGUAAUUGAAUAAACCCACUCGUAUUAUUUGA